AUGUUAGCUCCGAAAAGUGUUGCAACAUUAGGCGGUGGAUGUUUCUGGUGUUUGGAAACGAUUUUUCAACGUUUGAAAGUUCACACAGGUGUCGAAAAAGUCGUUUCGGGUUAUGCUGGUGGCGAUAAAGAUAACCCAACGUAUCAAGAAGUCUGUACGGGCAAUACCAAACAUGCUGAAGUCGUUCAAAUAACAUUCGAUCCUCAAACAAUCGCUUACAAACAAUUACUGAACGUGUUUUUCUACAUUCACGAUCCAACAACCAAAGAUCAACAAGGCAGUGAUAUCGGUACGCAAUAUCGUUCUGUGAUAUUCUAUCAUGAUCCUGUUCAACAGAAAGAAGCGGAGAUGAUCAAAGCCCAUUUGACUGACGAACAUGUUUACAAAGAUCCAAUCGUGACGGAAAUUUUACCGAUUGAAUCAAAUCCGUUUUAUUCUGCCGAAGAAUACCAUCAGGAUUAUUUCAAUCGAAAUCCAACUCAAGGUUAUUGUUCAACAGUCGUCAAAAGUAAAGUCGACAAAUUCAUGGCAAAAUUUGGUGAUCUAUUGAAAAAUCAGAUAUAG